CACAUCGUUGAGGGCGCUCUUGAAUCAAAACAGUGCAGAAGUUUCACGGAUAAAGAUCUGCAACUAAAGGUUUUGGCCCGAUUCAUGAGAAGACAUCAUGGCGGCUAGCUCUGACUCAACAUCACCACCGGACUGGGAUGUGAUCAUUGUAGGGGCCGGCAUUGCCGGGCUAACCGCUGCCUACCGACUGCAGAAACAGAAGCCGGGAAUAAAGGUGCUGGUUUUAGAGGCAAAAGACCGUGUUGGGGGUCGGACAUACACAACUGAGCUCGAGGGUGCUCAUGGGAAGGAUAUCUGGGACUUGGGAGGCCAGUGGGUCGGAAGCUCCCAGUAUCACAUCAUAUGGCUGCUGAACGAGUUGGGCCUGGAGAAGUACCCACAAUACACCACGGGCAAGAAGAUGAUGUUGCUAGGCAACAAGGGCAUCCGGACCUACGAGGCCAGCAUCCCGUCCAUGUCGUACCUGUCGUUGAUUGAUCUGCAGCGCUUCAUGACAGCCACGGACAAAACAGCGGCAAGUCUUCCUGUACACAACCCGAUGGAUGCGCCUGACGCUGAUAUCUUGGACAGCAUGACGCUGGAAACACUCGUACGGCAAACAACGUAUACACUGGAGGCUCGCGAUGCCAUUGAUAUUGCCAUCAACCAGAUCUUUGGUGCUCAGCCCCGCAUGUUGUCCGCCUUGUUCUACUAUUAUUACGUCAGCUCCGCUCGUGAUAUGAGAACGCUGAAUGAGACCACGGACGGAGCCAACCAGGAGUUCAGAAUAAAGGGCGGUGCCCAGCAAAUAUCAACCAUCUUAACAGACAGGAUAGGCCAGGAGCGGGUGUUACUAGACCAUCCUGUAGAACACAUAGACCAGCGGGAUGCCCACAAGGUCACCGUGGUGACGGAAGCGGGUCAACAGUUCACCGGUCGCUAUGUGAUUGUCGCAACUCCUCUCCAUUGCUCCACCAACAUUGAAUACGUCCCUACGCUGCCCCUUGAGAGGAUCAGUCUGGCCCGCCACUCACCCAUGGCUCAUCUCUUCAAGUUCAUUGUCACCUACCAAACAGCUUUUUGGAGAGAGGAUGGUUUUUCCGGCGAGAUUUUCAGCAACGGGGUAAGCCGACCAUCGAAGGCCAGCACAGGCCCACUGCAGUUGACGUUUGACUGUACAACUCCCAACGGCAGCCCAGCUCUUGUGGGAUUCUACUGCAAUGGUAGAGAGUGGAGCCAGAUUGAACCCGCGGUGCGGCAGGCUGCCAUACUGGAUGCCCUGGCUGAGUUCUUUGGGCCCAAGGCCAAGGAGCCACUGGACUAUAGGGAGAAGGACUGGGCAUUAGAGCCUUAUAACGGUGGCUGUCCUGUCAACGUCAUGACCCCAGGAGCAAUGACCUACUUCCAUGGAGGCCUCCGAACGCCAUUUGACAGAGUGCACUGGGCCGGCACCGAGUCGGCCACUCACCACUGCGGCUACCUGAGCGGGGCGGUGCAGUCGGGGAUGCGCGCCGCCAGCGAGGUACUGGGCCGACUGGAACCCGCCCACAUCAGGGAUGAGAUCAUGACCGCGCUGGACGGCCGGCGCGAUUACAAAGACGAUGAGGAGAAGGAGACGUGGGGUUGGGCCCUCGGCGGCCUGAUCGGCGUAGCUGCCGUGGCAGCGCUGGUGGUCCGGAAACUCUGGUAUUACUGAUGACGUUGGACUAAAAUAUGGGCGGAGCUUCAGGUGUCAAGGGAAGGGGGGAGUGGUGUCAGAGAAUUUUUGAGGGGAUAUUUUAUGGACAGUAGGGAUUUUGAAAAUUAGUGUUGAUAAAUUGACCCUCGUCUUUUGAGGAUCAACCUUCCAAUUCACUAAUCUUGAGAGGCUGUGCACCAGAAUCGUAUACAGGAAUCUAGUAUUGGUACUAAAACACAUGAGGUCACCAGACUAUUUUCGGGGACUGUUGUGUACCCAGUCGAUAUUGUGUAUCUGUAUCACACACAAUGCGGGAUGUUCACCAAAAUUUCUAUAGUUAUUUUGGUAUAUAUUACACAACCGAUACUGACAGCAAGGAAAAAGGGACACUUUUCCUGAUCUUCAAGUUUUUAACAUUUUAAAGGAAUGUCAACAUUUGCGAUGUGAUCAGGCUAUUAAAUGAGUCGUUUGUCGGGAAUUUUCAUUUGGAGAGUCGGGCCAAAACAGGACCACUUCAUCACAUUUC